AUGCAAGCCCUGUUCCCUGCCCUGCAGGACAAGGACUUUGUCGAUAAGGUGCUGCUUGAGUUCCUGCCCCAGCACUUCGGUGACGCACUGGCGGACGCGAACAGGAAGACCCAGUGGUUCUGCGAUUUCCAGCGAGAGGUCGAGCUCGACGAGGAGACCGGCGAAGAGCUGGGCGCGCCGAAGGUCUACGAGCCCGCCUAUUCAUGGGACCACGUCCAGGAGAAGGCGUACGAGUACCUGAAGAGGUUCAACGACGCGUACCCCCAGAAGGCGAUGAACCUGGUUCUCUUUGAAGAGGCUAUGAUGCACCUCAUGAAGAUCAACCGCACCAUCCAGCAGAAGCGGGGCAGCGCGAUGCUCGUUGGCGUGGGCGGAAGCGGCAAGCAGUCCCUCGCGAAGAUGGCGGCCUUCACGUCUGGGCACUUCGCGUUCCAGAUCACGAUCACGAAGCACUACAACGACAACGCCCUGUUCGAGGACUUACGCGGCUUGUACGUCAGAGCAGGGGUCAAGGGGGAGAACGUGACGUUCGUGUUCACAGACGCAGAGGUAAAAAGCGAGGGCUUCCUGGAGUACAUGAACUCGCUCCUCGCCACGGGUGAAGUCGUCGGCCUUUUUGCUAAGGACGAGCGCGACGCCAUGUGCGGAGAGGUGAGGAACGACUUUGUCAAGGACAACCCCUCAGUCGAGGAGAACUUGUUGAACAUGUAUCAGUACUUCAUGGACAGGCUGCGGGACAACCUGCACGUGGCGCUGUGCUUCUCCCCAGUGAACGCGAAGUUCCCCAUCAGGGCACAGAAGUUCCCCGCGAUCUUCUCGGUCGGGCUGGGUGGGGGGUCUCGCGUGUCGAGGCUCGGCCAGAGCGGCCGCAGGCGUCAACGCUGCUGCGCCCGCUUCAACCCGCGGUGGCCGGAUCGCGCGCUGCCACCGAUGACCCCAUUCCUCUCGCAGCUGGUGGCGUGGCUCUGCUUGGCAGCGCGUGCAGCCGGACGCUCCGAGGUCGCAACGGGCUUCAGCCUCGUGGACGAGGACGGGCGGGACGUUCUCUCUGCGGCCGCGGCCCACGACGCGCUUGACGAGGGGUACCGUCCGUCGGGCAGCGUGUUGGUGCUCGCCUUCCAGUCGCACAACAGGGCCUUCAAGUACAAGCUGUACCGCCAGGCCACGUCGUCCUCUGGCGGCAAGGUCGUGGUGCACGGCGAGGGCGGCCAGAAGACGGAGCGUGCCCUCGGCCGGCCGGUCACCUUCAGGAGCCCCGGCCGCGACGCGGUGCUGACCGCGGUGGGGCAGAGCUUCACGGGCACCAUCUUCGUUGGACCCGUGAUAUUCGACAUUCGGCACCAGCACAGCAGCGCCGCUCUCGAGGUGACGCGCUUCGACCCCGACGAGGCCAAGCCGUCCGCGGACUCCGGCGUGGGCAGCCUGCGCCCGAACGGCUCGCUGGAGCAGGCCGACGUGGACAGGCGCUUGUCGAUCCUCAAUCCCGAGGCGAUCGACCAGUGGACGAAUUGUUAUCCUGGAGAGGAGACGAUGCGUACCUUCAAAUUCGGCGCAGUUAUCACGUCCAACGUGUGGCGAGACGAGAAUUUUCAGACUGACCAAGAGGCAGAGGACUGGGUCCACGCUAUGGUCGCCAACGCGAACAUGGCGUACGAACCCCAGCUCAAUAUUCACCUCCAGAUGGGCAGUCUUGUCAUUCAGCAGACCCACGACGGCGCCCCAAGCUGGGACCAAGGUAGCACAUGCCCGAAGUCAAUUACUGACCAGUUGUGGGCGCUGGUCGCUUGGGAGAGUUCUGCAGCUAAUCCAGACUCCACGAUGGGCGUGUGGCAUCUGUUCGACAAUUGCUACGCGAAUUCUGGCUUCAUCGGCCUGGCGUGGAUAGGGGUGUUGUGCUACGAUUGGGGGUACAACACAGGAGUCACGUGGCUGAGCAGAGGAAAUUAUGCGUAUCCCACUUGGCACAUCAUGGCACAUGAGCUGGGACACAACUUCGGAGCCCAGCAUUCGUUCGAGUACGGCCAGGGCAAAACAGGUGGCAUCAUGGAUUAUGGCGACGGCAGUCUAAAUGGCGUGUAUCGGUUCAACGACCUCCGCAAAUCUGAGAUUUGCGGUCAGAUCGCUUCCCAAGUCAACAGUUGUUCGGGGUUCUCGGUUUUCGAAGCCGAGUGCGGCAACCGAAUUACAGAGCCAGGUGAGGGCUGCGAGUGCAGUGAUGGAUCGCAGGCUUGCUCGGGGUGCUGCGGCUGCCAGGUGCAGCUGCAAGUCGGUGCGCUCGCGACGCCGAUGGAGUGCUCGUACGGCGCCCUCGGCCACGGUGGCUGCUGCAGCCCGGCGGGCAUGUUCCAGCCGGUUGGCUUCGCGUGCACGCUUGGCGACGCAGACGGCUAUUGCAACGAGGGCGUAUGCGUCACCCAGCACGUCUGCCAGGACAACAGCUUUUUCGACAGCUACUGUGGGCUCGAGGCGAACGGUUGUAAGAUCAAGUGCACCCAGGCGGGAGACGGCACGUGCUUGAGCCUCAGCAGUUGGGAAGUGAACGGCCAUCCCAUCAACAAUGUCCCCGACGGAACGCCUUGCCAGGGGACUGGUUUUGCGGGCACGUGCAGCGCUGGCGAGUGCAAGCACCCUGAUGUGGUCACGAUCGCCCUUCCAGUGACGACAGGCGCUCCAGCGGACCCCAACCCUCAUUCAACCGAAACAGAAUACAGCGGGUGCGUGGGGUUCGCCAACCGCGGCUUCCUCGGCCACGCAGACGUGGCAGUCUUCCUCCAGGGCGUAUCUCUGAUUCAGUGCAACAUGCAGUGCGCGAACGACUGGCAGUGCCACAGCUUCAUUCACAGGGCGGACGUGGGGUUCUGCGAGCUUUGGUCGAACAAGAACUUGGUGGAGGAUUUGGCGGUUGUACCAGGCUACGACACUUACAUCUGCGAUGCAUACGCUGCUGGUUUCGACUUCCUCGACGCUGAGUACUAUCAGGACGCUGACGUGGGCUUCCACGGGGUGAAUGUCCCUGCUCGGGAGCGCAGCGGAGACAGCGGGUUCACCCGAAGCACUUGCUACAAGACGUGCAAGACAGACCCUGGCUGCCACACGUUCGUCUUCGUCGAGAGGACCGGCAGCUGCCAGCUUUACUCUUCUGAGAUAUCUGGGACUGACGUGGUGUACAAGGACCCGAGCGAGGGUUACAGCACCUACACCCUGCCCUGCCACGGCCGAGGUAAGAACUGCCCAUGCCGCGAUGACCCGGAUGGCACCUGGAAGAUCCGAGUGCCGUGCCAGUGCGAUGCGACCGCCAACCCUUUCGAGAACGAGUGCGGCAUCAACAAGUAUUGCUACGAUGGAACGUGCGCCGACUCUCCGAAGCGCCGGUUGUCCAGCGGAUGCGCGUCGACUCCGUCCCCACCCGCUGCAGCGACCGCCACACCGACCAGCGCGCCGACUGCUGCACCGACCAAGGCGCCGACUGCUGCACCGACCGCCGCACCGACCAGCGCACCGACUGCUAUGCCGACCAGCUCGCCGACUCGUGCGCCGACCAGUUCACCAACUUCCGUGCCGACCAGCGCACCGACCGCCGCUCCGUCCAGCGCGCCAACCGCUGUACCGACCGCCGCACCGACCAGCGCACCGACCGCUCUGCCGACCAGCUCGCCGACUCGUGCGCCGACCAGUUCACCAACUUCCGUGCCGACCGCUGUACCGACCGCCGCACCGACCAGCGCGCCGACCGCUGCACCGACCGCCGCACCGACGCGCCCACCGACCCCCGCGCCGACGGGCGAAACUCCCGCGCCGACGGCACCGACCGCCGCACCGACCGCUCUGCCGACCAGCUCGCCGACUCGUGUGCCGACCAGCUCGCCAACCCCCGUGCCGACAGAUGCACCGACCGCCGCACCGACCGCCGCGCCGACCGCUGCACCGACCGCCGCACCGACGCGCCCACCGACCCCCGCGCCGACGGGCGAAACUCCCGCGCCGACGGCACCGACCGCCGCACCGACCGCUCUGCCGACCAGCUCGCCGACUCGUGUGCCGACCAGCUCGCCAACCCCCGUGCCGACAGAUGCACCGACCGCCGCACCGACCGCCGCGCCGACCGCUGCACCGACCGCCGCACCGACCGGCGCGCCGACCGCUGCACCGACCGCCGCCCCGACCAGCGCACCGACUGCUCUGCCGACCAGCUCCCCGACUCCCGCGCCGCCAGGCGCGACUCCCGCGCCGCCGACCGAUGCACCCACCGCCACACCGACUGCCCUGCCGACCAGCUCGCCGACCAGCUCGCCGACCAGCUCGCCAACACCCGGGCCGACAGCUGCGCCGACCGCCGUGCCGACUGCUACACCGACGGCGGCACCGACGCCGUCACCGACGAGGGUAUGGACUACGCUCACAGCCACCACAACCACGGUGAAGUACUUGGUGCGUGUGGGUAUGUCUGUUUCCAGCACGGGCACAUCAGAUGAGGUGGAGUCCUCGGUUACUUCUUUCGUGACCAGUAAGCACGGCGUCGCCCCAGACAGCGUUACUGCCACUGCUUCUGCCAGCCGGAGGAACGUUGCGGCGUCGACCCAGUGGCACGUGGAUUACGAUCUCCUUCUAGAGAGCGAGUCGGACGCAUCGGCCCAUUUGUCGAUUGCGCACCAACUCUCCACGAACGUGGAGGGUACCCGCGCCGAUCUUGCCCAAACCUUCAAUGAGUCAGGGUUGACGAUGGACGUAGCGAGCUUUGCGAUCACUGCGCCAGAUGAAGUGCAGGUGUACCGGUCUUGCUACAAUACUGACGUUGGGCUCAAAGACCCGUUCGAAGAUGGUUGCGACACGUACCGCCGCAACCCAGACUUCUGCGGGAUCUACGACGACGCCGAUUUCAGUUCUGACAACCUGUGUUGCAUUUGCGGAGGAGGCAGCGACAUGGAGCCAGACUGGACGCCCGCCACUGAGGAGCCCAUACUGCCGCCCGAGCCCGGAUGCGUCGACACCGACGGCGCCAACAGAGACAGCACCGGGGACGCCUGCUCGGUCUACGCCAUGGACCCGGUGCACUUCUGCGGCGAGUUCGACGAUGACGACUUCACUCCAUGGCCAUGUGCUGCGCCUGCCGCCCCUACGCCCCUCCCACCCCGGCCACCAGCCCGACCGCGGCGCCCGCGGCCCCCACGCCCGUGCCACCCCCGCCGCUCGUGCCCACGCCGGCGCCCGGCGACGGGGUGCUCGACGGGGCCACCCCGCACGGGCUCUCCGCCGCGUGCGCCCUGCUGGCCGGCGCGGCCUGCGCGCUGA